CUUGCCUGUAGUGUAAACCUUUGUUGAUUGCGUGAAGUUGUGUUUUCACCACAGGACGUAAUUUCGGCCGUGUGUAUAGUGACUGUGGAUUGUUUUGGAUUUCUUUUCACGAAUGUAACUGCCGUAAACUUAAGAUGCAUGCAGAAUUCUUUCGUUAAAUGUGCAUAUCCGAAGAAGGUGAGGCCAAAGGCGGGACGCUGUUUUCUAUAUCCCGCCGGGUGCCGUCGCCAAAUUUUCAGAAGAAUGUGACUGUGUGAAGUGCUCAUACGUUUCGUGUGCUAUAGGCUAGACCUGAGUUUAUUUCAGAGUGAGAGUGUAUUACUUUCGUUUUAUAAACCCUCAUGAUGAAGGAUAACGAGGCGGUAUCGCAGGCGACGUGGGCCAAUUGGAUCUUGGAGGCAAUCCGAAAGAUCCGUAGCCAGAAACAAAGGCCGUCGGUAGAGAGAAUUUCCCAUGCAAUUAGGCAGCAUCAUAGUUAUCCGGAGGAAGUUAUUGCCGAAAAUUUAGAGCUCGCAGUUAAGGAGGGUACAGUGUUAAAAGUUUUUAACAAGGGCCAGAGUUCGUACAAAGAUCCUGGCGGAGUACAGAACAGGCAGCUGCUUGUUACCAAAGGAACAGAUUUAACGAAAGUAGUGGUAAAAGCAACGAGAGAAUUAAAUGAAAGAGAGGGCUCUACGCUUAAAAGCAUUGAAAAGUACAUUCGCCAGUCUCAUGCCGUUAACAUUACGUCUGAUGAUGUAGACUUCCGUGCAUUAUUGCGCAUUUCAUUGAAGCGUGCCGUGGCUCGGGGACUUCUUUCGCAGGAUGGCAGAUUAUUUCGGCCUGCUACGUACGGUCCUGGUGGAAUUCCAAAACGUUAUGCCGAUGGAUCGCCUCCCAAGCAGCGCAGGGCACCAAGUCCAGAACCAAAGCCUUCGGCGCCACUGCCCAUUUGUGGGGAAUGCUUGGGCACGGCGUCGCGCAACAAGAACGGCCGUGCGGAGGAACUGCGCAAGUGUGCCGGCUGCGGGAGCUCGGUGCACCUGUCGUGCCUGGCGCAGGAGCUGGCCACCGUGCUGUCGGCGGGCUCCACGUGGCACUGCGAAGAGUGCCGCACCUGCGCCGGCUGCUCCCAGCCCAAGGACCAGCUCUGCCUUGUGAGUUGCUGCUCUUGUGAGCGGAGCUAUCAUGCUGAGUGUUUGGACCCUCCUUCGGAGAGACGCCCAAAAAGCCCUUGGCGAUGUAGGCACUGCCUUGCUCAGCAACAGCAGCAGCAACCGGAACAAAAUCAGGAACAGCAAGUGCAGCACCACACUAUUAAGAAGCCACGCAAGAUUGAUGUUGCCAGCAGUGUUAUAAAGAAGUACUCCAAAGUCAGAGAAAAAACAAGAGACAUAAAAAAUUACAGGUUAUUGGCAGGUGUUCGGGCCACGAAAGAACCUGCUGCAAGUACUGCAACCCCCAGCAAGAAAGGAAAACGUGUAUCUGAUCAGUCUCCCGCUAACGACUCGAGCUCUGGCUCAGAGGAGGAUGAAGUUGUUCCUGAACCUAAGACACUUCCUCCAGGUGUUACACAGAAGGAUGUGACAUUAUACAAAGAAACUCGUGAAAAAGCAAAUUCAGCAACACCAGCGGUAUUACCUAAUGUGGAUGCACCAGCCACAUCUAGUGGAGUAGUUUCUCCUUCAACAGCAGCAGCCCAGCAGAGGUGCCCUGCUGCUAUUGAAUUUGGCCAGUAUGAGAUACAGACCUGGUAUUCCUCACCGUACCCGCAGGAAUACGCCAGAUUACCAAAACUCUUCCUCUGUGAGUUUUGCCUUAAAUACACGAAGAGCAAGGCUGUGUUGGAAAGGCAUCAAGAUAAGUGUACUUGGAGACAUCCUCCAGCGACAGAAAUCUACCGUCACAAAGAUCUCUCUGUUUUUGAGGUGGAUGGAAAUGUGAACAAAAUCUACUGUCAAAACCUCUGUCUCUUGGCAAAGCUGUUCCUGGAUCACAAAACUCUUUACUAUGAUGUGGAGCCAUUUCUGUUUUAUGUGUUAACCAAAAACGACAAAAAGGGAUGCCACCUUGUAGGUUACUUCUCAAAGGAAAAGCAUUGUCAGCAGAAGUACAAUGUAUCGUGCAUAAUGACAAUGCCACAGUACCAAAGGCAAGGCUAUGGAAGAUUCCUCAUCCAUUUUAGUUACCUCCUGUCAAAGCAAGAGGGUCAACCUGGCACUCCAGAAAAACCAUUGUCAGAUUUGGGUCGUGUCUCUUACCAUGCGUACUGGAAGUCGAUAGUACUGGAGUAUCUGGAUCAACAUCGUAAUGAGCCAUUUUCUGUAGAUGCUGUUUGCCAGGAAACGGGAGUUUAUAGUCAUGACGUGGCAGCAACUCUACAAAUGCUCGGGAUGGUCAGACGCUGUCCUGAUGGCCGUCUCAUACUUGCUAUUGACUGGGCUCAAGUUGAUACCCACGCAUCACGUGUUCGUGCCUCCCGUACCCGCAUACCUCUGGAUCCAGAGUGCCUUCGGUGGACUCCUCUUGUUGCAACAGUUCCCACCAGGGAUGAUGACAAAGAGGAUGAUACGGAAUCUAAAGGGGAGAACAAUGACAGUCAGGAGGACAUAGCCAAAAGUGAGAAUGAAGAGGCUAUUGAGAAGAACACAGUUGUUGCAGAUAUGAAGGAACAGGAGACUUGUAAUCCACAGCAAAGUAAAGAUGAUCUGAAAACUAACGAAGUGAAAGAGGAGCUCCAACAGAGUCAAAGUCAGCGAGGCAGGAAACGGAAGACCCAAGUUCGCUUUAGCCCAAGCCCGACACCAGCUCCCACUCCAGCAACUACUACAUUAGAAACGAGUAACAGUGCCGAAAAUGAUAAUAUCAAUAAAACACCUAUUGUGCAGAAACGAAAAGUCGGAAGGCCACCUAAAAAGAAGUUAAUAGUUGACGCAGAAGUAAAAGUUCCUGAUGUUCGGCCACAGCCAUUUCUUGAAGUGCGAGCUGGGAAAAGAAAACGAUCAGGUUUUGAAGCAGUGACUGAUAAAAGUGGUUUAGAUGAAGAACCAGAUAGAAAAAAACUGAAAGUCGAGAAUGUUUUAAAGGCCAGCAGGCUAUUGGUUCUAAAGACAGAGACUGCUGCAACUGAGGAGGCUGCAAAAAGCCCACCUGCCAAGGCAAGCACCCAGACCCAUUCAGACAGUGGUUCUAAUAAAAAUAAAAGUAGUAGGCUGCUUGUUGAAGAAAGCCCUACAAAAUCUAGGUCAAAUGGUAGGCCAAAUCAGGUGGAAGAGAUUAUUCCUAAACAGAAAGCAAAUACAAGACAGAAUUCAGGAGAUGAUUUACUUGUAAAGCAAAAAAGCUGUUCAAAAUUAAAUCAGGUUGCUGAACCUUCAGUAAAAGAAACUCACAGUUCAAAAUCACCGGAUGACUAUUCAAAAACAAAAACUCCUUGUAAACCUUCUACAACUGACGAGAGUACUUUGAAAGGAAAAUUCAGUGCAAGACUUAGUCAUAAAGAAGAAUUAUCUACAAAAUCAAAAUUAAAUAGCAAGAUCAAGACAGAUGUUUCUCAUGGCAAAAGCAAACUGGGCUUGAGGCAGCAACCACCACAGAUAGGAAGGGCUGCUGGGGCUGCAUCUAUGAAGCUGAAAAGCAGACGGUCAGAGUUUGAUACACCUCUUCGAAAUCCUGGAAGGCGUAGAAUAUUAUCAGAAGAAACCAAGGAUGUGCAGAGUAAUACAGUUCCUCAGACACAGAAAGAAGAUAGACUGAGAAAGGAACCAAGUGAAACACCUCCAGGGCCAUUGCCGAGAGGCCGGAGAAAGUCGCAAGCUCUACAAAAUUCUGUUGAAAAGGUGGAGCCAAAAAGAGAGAGAUGGUCACAGCGAAGGGAAAAGAGACUGCGCCUAGAAGAAGCUUCAAAGAGCACCUCAGAAGAUGUUGAAGACUGUCCGAUGCCUGAAUUGAAACCUGAAGUCCAAUUGGAAGGUGUAGGAGUGUUAAGGGAAACAGCAGUACCUCCUCCAUUGUCACCACCCCCUCUGCACCAGCAGCUAAGUACUGAUCUCCCUGAGAGAACCAAGAGGGCUGCGCAUUCCGGUGAAAAGAAGAAACGAGGGUGGAAAAAAGGCCGGCCCCGCCGUAAUCAUGUACCAGAACCAAAGUCUCCCAAACCACCGAAGUUAAAGAAGAAGCGUUUAAUGAAGCGUUAUACUGGGGAGGCAUCGGUGACAUCAGUGAAGUUAAAUGAUUCUGAGAAGAAAAAUACAAAUGCUGUGAUAAUUUCUGAAUCUCAAGUUGAAGAAGGAAAAACUUGUGACAAAGAAGAGAAUGUGGAUGCUAUAAAUAAAUCUGAAGUUCCAGAUACGGACCCUGAAGUUUCAGAACCUAAAGAACAAGAAUUGGAACGAAGUUCUGAAGAAGAUAAGGGAAACAUUACCAACAUUGUCAGUGAGCAGGAAAAGGCUGAUGAAGUUGAACCUGUGAAGGAUAUUGUUGAAGAGAAGGAACAGAGUGAAGCACCUCUGUUGGAAGAAAAAACAGAGGAGGAAACAGUAAAUCCCUCCCUUCAAAAGAAUGAAGAGGAAAGUGCGAAAGAGCUCUUGACAACAGUUGAAAAAGAGCCCCUAGCAGAGGAACAGAGAGAGAAUGUAAAAUCGCCAAGUGUGGAGCUGGUUGAACAAGAUACUGAAAAGUUCUCAGCUCAAGAGUCCAAAGAUGAGCCUAAGUCUAGUGCAGAAAUUGAUGAGCCACCGCCUGUUCCUUGUUCAAAAUUGGCCUCUGAACCUGAGAAAGAAGAUGUAAUACUUCUUGAAACAAAUGAGGAGGAGGAAGAUAAAGAAACUGACAUGCAGCCUAUUCAGGUGAAGACAGAUCUAGAUGAAGUGGAUCUUACUAAAAGUGAUGAAAAACAUCAUGAUCAUUAUGAGGAGGGUGAUAAUGCAAGCAUCACAGAAAAUAAUGAUGUUGAUGCUGUUAUGUUAGUUGAAUGUAGUGAUAACAAGGAGAAUAUGAGUGAUAAAUCACAGGAUUGCUGCAGUGUUUCAGGUGCUCCCUCAAAAAAUGAACCUGUGGAAGGUAAUGAGCUGGAUGAUAGAAAUGAACCAUCACAUAAUGAAGCAAGUUCACAGGUUGAUACAUUAAAAGACACUGAGAGCAAAACACCUGGUUCACCUCAAGCUGUUAUAAUAUUAGAGGAGAAAGAACUUAAUUCAAUGUCAACUCAGACGCAUUCCAGUUCACUUGGUAAUAUUAUGGAUGACAGUAGUGAUGGCUCCAAUUGUGGUACUGUUGAAGUCAGUCAGUCGUCGACCAUGCUCAGUAAUGAAAUGAGCCAACAAGACCAAGCUGACAGUGGUGCACCGUCCGGUGAUGACAAACAGUCAUCACAACAGUGUGAAGUUGUUGAAAUACCUAGUGGCAAUACAACACCUCGUUUAGAUAAUAGUGUUGAGACCAUUCAACCAGCAACACCUCUUAAUCCGGGAUCUGUAAAACACACACCACCAACACCUUCGCAGCCGGAAAUACCUAGUAUGGGAGUCUAUACUCCAGAUUCAACAACAAACUCUGUGCAUUCUCUUCAUGGGUAUGGUCAGUGUGAUCUUGACGUCAGUCAGUUGGGGUUAGAAUCUCCUACUUCUAUAUCUUCAAAUGAUAUGACAGCACAGAACUCUGUUGAGACUCCAAGACCCCCUUCAGUUCUUCCUCAGACGACCAGUCACACAACACAAACUUCAUGCCAGCAGACAUAUUCUGAGUGUAUACAGCACCAGCCACAACAGCAAAUUCAACCAUCCCAACCACAACAACAACAACAGCAGCAGCAGCAACAACAACAACAGCAGCAGAUACAGCAACAUCAAACUCAGCAGCAGCAGCAGCAACAGCAGCAGCAGCAACAACCACCCUCUCAGCCUCAAGCUAAGACUCAGCGACAGAUGCAACAUCACCGCACUAAGUCCAGUACUGGCACACAGCAUAAACAUUCAAGCAAUCCAGUACAAACACAGAGGUCUACUCCACCAUCUGUGCAGCAGCAGACUCAACAACCACCACCACAACAGCAGCAGCAGCACAAUCCCACACUUCAGCAGCAGCAUGCAGCUCUCCAGCAACAACAAUCCAGGCAAAGAUCUACACCACCAUCAGUGCACCAUAUGGCAAGCACAUUAUCGCAAGCAGCUCAGCAACAGCCUCCACCACAGCAGUUAUCACUGCAAGCAAUUCAUCAAACAACUUACCACCCACAUCAUCACAACAUCAUAUCAUCCCAAGCGAACUACAUUAGUGUGCCACAAAUGGCAGUGAGUUCUCAGGCCUUCCAGCCAAGUGCAGCUGGUACUUUUGUAAGCAUGCCAAUGACAACAGUGAUCCAGCAUCGUGUUGCUGCAGCCCAGCAAGGUGCUGGAGUUGCUGCUCAUCGCACGGCUCCUGCCUGUUCCGUUACAGCUCCUGCUAAUUUCACUACAAAUUUCUAUGUGCAGACACCAGCUGCCCAUCCGCAUUCUCACACCCCUGCACCUGUUCCUGCACCCACACCUACACCUGCGCCAACUCCUGCACCAACACCCACACCACAGGCAGCCCCGCCAUCUGGUGGUGGGCAAGGUAAUGCUGCUUCUUCGUGUAGCCUUGCAAAGUUGCAGCAACUGACUAAUGGUCUGGAGGCUAUACCACAGAAUGCCUGUGGUACCAUGACUCCUCCUCCACCAGUUGACCUGACACCACCUCCUCCCGUCCCAUCUGCUCAUCAUCCACAUGCAGCCAUGACUCCACCACCUGCAGCGACUCACCAGAUGAUGCAGCAGCAAGCUGUAAGGAAUCUGCCAACACCACCUGCUGCAGUUCCCAAUAUACAAACACAAAUGACACUUGCUGCUGCUAAUUAUUACAAGUACCACCAAUCUAAUGUGAAUGUGAGCAAUUUGGGGGCUGCUGUGGCACCACCUGUUGCAACAACUGGAGGUCGCACAUCUCGAACUCCUGCUGGCACUGGUGUCGCAACAGUGCAACAGAUGCAAGCUGCCCCUGCCAGAGUUAGUCCCAAUGUCACAAUAAAUCCUAAUUUGGUAGCAGCAGCUGGUUAUGGAACUUUAAAUGGUUAUCGAAUGGCAGCUCAGCAGACACCUGGAACUGUUGCAGGUUAUAUAACAAAUACAGCAGCUGCAGGUUUUAUCAACCAGGCACAAAUUCCUAUGCAAAUGGGUGUGAUGAAUAUGGCUCAGACGCAGUAUCAGGAUCCUGCAGCUAUUCAGAGGGCUGCGCAGCAAAAUACUAUGUACACUACAUAUGGCUAUAUAAAUGGCAGCAUAAUGCAGCCACUUAACGGGACUAUGCGUCGGUAGGACCAGUAGUUUGGCAUGGCAUUUUCAAGUUAAAUUUUGGUUGGAUUCUCAUUGCCAUGCACAACAUUUAAAAGGACAGUCAUGUAAAGUGAAAUUGUAAAUAAUGUAAUAUUGUUACACUGGUAUUGUACAUUGUAUUAUGUCCACAGCAGUAUGGAGUUGCCCUUCUGUAAUAUUUGAUCUCUCUCUCUCUCUCUCUCUCUCUCUCUCUCUCUCUCUCUCUCUCUCUCUCUUGUGUGUGUGUGUGUGUGUGUGUGUGUGUGUGUGUGUGAAAAACAUUUAAGUGUGCAGUGCAAUGCAUGGUAGCUGUUGUGCACUUACUGACAGUUACAUCAGACCUGUUUCCUGUUUAUGUUAUUAAACACUUUACUUGUAUUCUUAAUGCUAAAGUGUUUUCUCCCAUCCGCUCCUCUCCCCUUGUUAUAUCACUAAUUCUUGAAAUUCUCAUAUGCCUAAAAAUUAUUAUUUUGUCAGUACAUAGCUCUUGAAUGAGACAGAUUGCAGCAAGUAUCACCAGAGAAUAAUUAUACUGGCUCAUAUUACAGUUUUAGUGUAAGUUUCUAUCAUUAAGAAUCAUAAUUGAGUCUAUUGUAUCGUCAUUUCAUUUCCAACAAAGGACGAUCAUUCCAGGCAGAGAUCUAAUAAAUACCCUGCCAAUACAGUAAGUGGCUACUGCUGUUUGUUCAGACAUCCAUUGUGUUUAAACUACUAGAAGAAAAAAAGUAAUAGAGAGAUCUGUUGUGGAAGGUUUUGUAGUGAAUACGUAUCCCAUUAUUGAUGUGAUAUUUUUGGUCCAAAUUGUAGAAAUUGUUAUACUCUAAUUUUGUAGCUUGAAAAAUCCUGCAUUUUUUGCAGUUUUCCAUAAAAAUAUUUUGAAUAUAAGAAACUCAGAAAUUGAAGAUAAUGACCAUUCGGUGAUACAGACUGGAACAGAGCAGGAGUCUAUUCCACAAAAUGACUGAAAUAGGUUAGAAAAUGUUGCUACAGUUUGCUUUAUAAUCAUAACUGGAAAAAACACAAACAGUUAUUUGUGAAGGGAAUUGUAGGCUAUUUCUUCCGUUUUUUAGUUCUUAGGUUAUAUUAUUACUGCCUUUUCGUUGGUGUAUACUGCACAAAAAAAAAAAUAAAAAAAAAUAGUAUAAUUUCUGAAUUGCUACUCGUCUCUCCCCAAAGAAUGUCGCUUCUUUGUCUUGUUUUGCUUUCUGUCCUGAAUAUUUAUGUAGUUAACUUAAAAAUAGAAGAAUAAUUCUCAGGGUACGGCUAAUGUAUACAAAGGCUGUGACGAGCAUAUCGCGAUAGAAUUGUGCAUUAAGCAAAUGAUCCUGAGGACCUGUCAUGCAGUGUAGUUUUUGAACAGUGUGGAAACCUGUUCUAUCAAGAAGCAAACACAUUGUUUCUUUUGUGUUGUAUUAUUACAGUUGUCAUUUAAGACUAAAUGAUCACAGUAAUUGCCUCGAGAGGAUUUCUUUUGUGCUGUUGUCAGUGUAAUCUGCCACCUCUCUCCCCCCACCCCCACCC